AUGCCUCACAGCUCUUCUGUUGUACGUUUCCGAGCUGCCUCAAUCUUGGUACUACAAGCGGGGAUCAUGGGACAACGUCAGCAGCAGCCAGUUCUUCUUGGAAAAUCUCCCAUGGGAACAAGGUACUAUUUCGAACUGGUGCCGAAGGAGAUGUCCUUGGCCGUAUCGAACAUGGACGACCGAGAAGUAGACGGUUUCCACUGUUAUUAUACAAAAUCAUAUGUGAAAGCAUCCAAGAAGUCGAAGAAGUACGAUGCUAGGCUUUAUACUGUGGAUGAUACUAUAGGAUAUAAGGAUUUCAAGGCUUCGGGAAAGAUCGCCGAUGAGACGUGUUUCGAGACGUUCACGCCUUUGAGCGGUGUGGAUAAAGGGUUACAGCCCUUGUUUCCGGCGCACCCGAUAGUCAUCACCGCGAAUAGGCUAUGCACAGAAAACGAGCUCCUGCUUAGCGAGGCCGAAGAGGAGCCCGCUCCCAACGGUGUUUACUAUGGCUUCAUUGGAGAUGAACUGGAAGCAACCAUCAAGUUCGAUGAGGAGUCACAAAUACAGCAUGUCGAGGUGGAUGCUCGCCAAGGAUGGCGCCACAAUGUGUUGACCUUCAAAAUGAUUGGAAAAGCGAUAAACUGCGUGUUUACCAAAGAAGGAAGCUCAGAAGAAGUUGGUCUGAUCGUCGAGCCCGUUGACCCAAACACAUUCAACGGUACGAGGGAAAGCUUCGCGCUUGCUCGACUGAAUACCAUAGUUGGGCAGACCUUCGACAGGAGCGAUCUACGGGACCUGCUCGGUCUCACAAAAAAGUUCAAGGCGGUCGCCUCUCGCGUUAGGAAAGGGAUCAGAGGAAUCAGAGAGCUGAGGCUCAUGCCCAGCCGACGCUCGAGGGAUGAGCUCAGAAUCAGGCUCCUCACAGAGGCUGAUACAGAGGCAGACGACUAUUCAGACCGCCACGACUAG